CCGGAAACAUCGCCCCGCCCCUUCCUGUACACAGAGCUCCGCCCCCGGUCUCCUCCAGGAUGGACAAAGACAGGAGUCACAGGACUGAGAGGAUAAUAAAUAUCACCCUGGAGAUCAUUUACCUGCUGACUGGGGAGGAUUACACAGUAGUGAAGAAGACAUCCAAUGAGUGUGAGAUACUCAACAGCCAUCCCUGUGUGUUAGGAGGUCUGAGUAGAACCCAGAGCCACAUCCCAGUGCCUCCACCUGACUCACUAAUACAUGAGAGACCCAAUGACCAAAAGAUCCUGGAACUCACCAACAAGAUCAUUCAGCUGCUGACUGGAGAGGAGGGGGAGUAUAUAGAGGAACACAGGGGUCUGUACAAGGACGUGAUGAUGGAGAAUCACCGGCCCCUCACAUCUCUGGAUAAGAGGAGACUGUCAUGUAUUGUACAGGGGAGAGCAGAAGGACCCAGUAACCGAGAUAUCUCAGAGAGAUGUCCCCGUCCUCUGUAUACCCAGGACUGUACAGAGGAGUAUCACAGGAUCCCACAGGAGGAUCAGGGUGAAGCCCAGUUAAAUAAUAUUAAAAUCAAAGAUACAGAGGGAGAAGUAGAGACGUAUGUGACUGAUAUGAAGGCAGAAGAUAUAGAGGGAGAAGAAGAGACGUAUGUGACUGAUAAAAAGGCAGAAGAUAUAGAGGGAGAAGAAGAGACGUAUGUGACUGAUAUAAAGGCAAAAGACAUAGACGGAGAAGAAGAGACGUAUGUGACUGAUAUAAAGGCAGAAGAUAUAGAGGGAGAAGAAGAGACGUAUGUGACUGAUAUAAAGGCAGAAGAUAUAGAGGGAGAAGAAGAGACGUAUGUGACUGAUAUGAAGGCAGAAGAUAUAGAUGGAGAAGAAGAGACGUAUGUGACUGAUAUGAAGGCAGAAGAUACAGAGGGAGAAGAGACGUAUGUGACUGAUAUAAAGGCAGAAGAUAUAGAAGGAGAAGAGAUGUACGUGACUGAUAUGAAGGCAGAAGAUACAGAGGGAGAAGAAGAGACAUAUGUGACUGAUAUAGAGACAGAAGAUACAGAGGGAGAAGAAGAGACGUAUGUGAGGGGUGAUCAGCAGUGUAAGGAGGAGGAGAUCCCUACAGAUAUCAGCACAGCAGAUGGACACACAAGCAGAAAUAUCUCAGAAGGACAUGUAAUGUUAUCCCCGGAUUGUGACAUAAAAGAUAAUGACAGUAGACAGGAUUCUCCAGGAGAUAACCCCAUUACCCCAAUUAUACAUUCAGCUCUAUCAGCUGAUCCCCCUGAUCCUGGGAAAUGUUCUCCUGAUCACUCUGAUAUUGGUGCAUCUGUUAUAGCUCUGACAGAUAUAGUGUUUCCAUGUUCUAUAGAUACCAAAUGUUUUACACAGAACACAAAGUGUAUUAACCCACACACAGGUAAGGCAGGUGAAAGGCCAGUAUGUCCGGAGUGUGAGAAAUGUUUUACAUACAAAUCAGAUCUUGUUAUACAUCAGAGAAGUCACACAGGUGAGAAGCCAUUUCCAUGUUCUGAGUGUGGGAAAUGUUUUGCACGGAAAUCACGUCUUGUUAGACAUCCGAGAAGUCACACAGGUGAGAAGCCAUUUCCAUGUUCUGAGUGUGGGAAAUGUUUUACACAGAAUUCACAACUUGUUGCACAUCAGAGAAGUCACACAGGUGAGAAGCCAUUUCCAUGUUCUGAGUGUGGGAAAUGUUUUGCACAGAAAUCAGUUCUUGUUAAACAUAACAGAAGUCACACAGGUGAGAAGCCAUAUUCAUGUUCUGAGUGUGGGAAAUGUUUUGCAUACAAAUCAUCUCUUGUUAAACAUAACAGAAGUCACACAGGUGAGAAGCCAUUUCCAUGUUCUGAGUGUGGGAAAUGUUUUGCACACAAAUCAGAUCUUGUUAUACAUCACAGAAGUCACACAGGUGAGAAGCUGUUUCCUUGCUCCGAAUGCGGGAAAUGUUGUGCAAGUAAAUCACAUCUUGUUAUACAUCACAGAAGUCACACAGGUGAGAAGCCAUUUUCUUGCUCUGAGUGCGGGAAAUGUUUUACACAAAAAUCACAUCUUGUUACACAUCACAAAAGUCACACAGGUGAGAAGCCAUUUCCAUGUUCUGAGUGUGGGAAAUGUUUUGCACAAAAAUUACAUCUUGUUAGACAUCACAGAAGUCACACAGGUAAGAAACCAUUUUCUUGCUCUGAGUGUUUCAUUUUAGAUAAUUAUUUCUAUUUUGAUGGCACUUAUUACAUCCAACAAGUGGGGACAGCCAUAAGUACCAGAUUUGCCCCCAGUUAUGCCAAUUUAUACAUGGCAUAUUGGGAAGGUCAUAACAUCUUUAAGGUGGAUGGACUGGGGGCAGAUCUGGUAUACUGGCAUCGAUAUAUCGAUAAUGUCCUAUUCCUUUGGAAUGGACAGAAAGUGGACCUCCUAGCCUUCAUGGAUAGACUGAAUCAGAAUGAUUUUAAUCUUAAAUUUGUAACAACUAGUAGUACAAAAGAAAAUUCCAUUUUGGACUUAUGUAUAUAUGUAGAAGACACCCUUAAAACCAAAACCUUUAGGAAGGCAACAGAUUCUAAUGGAUAUAUAGAAAUGGGUAGUUUACAUCACCCGAAUUGGCUAGACGGUAUUCCGUUUAGCCAAUUUACACAUAUUAAGCGGAACUGUAGUGACCAAACUAUCUGUAAUGAACAAAUUAUAGAAACCACCAACAGAUUUAUCAAUAAAGGUUAUCCAGUAGAUCUCUUAAAUAAAUCACAGGCUAAAGUAGAAAACAUCAAUAGGGAUGACCUUUUAAAAGAAAAAGAGAAGAAAUCUAAAGAUGAGAGGAAUAAGUGGUCUUUUAUCAGCCAGUAUAAUCCCCUGCACAAAGAUAUUGAAAGAAUUUUUAGAAAGAAUUGGUAUUUAUUACAGAAAGAUCCAGUUAUAGAAAAAGAGAUACCUGAUAGACCUACUUUCAUCUAUAGGAAAGCGCCAUCAUUGAAGGAUAAACUAGUAAGGAGUGUGAUAGAUGACAAUACGAGAGCCAGCACCAGAACUAAGAGCUUCCAUAGAUGUGGCCAGUGUCUGAUGUGUAGGACAGUUAAGAGUAAGUCCAGUAAAAUUACUGAAUUCAUGGUUAAUGACACGUACAGAAUUAAUGAUUUUAUGAUGUGUGAAUCAAAAAAUGUCAUCUACGGCAUAGAAUGUGCAUGUGGGUUGAUCUAUGUAGGCAGGACAAGCAGAAAUCUUAAGACCCAUCUCACAGAACAUGUGUAUAACAUUCGGAAAGGGCUGGAAACACUUUCUCUUUCAGCCCAUUUUAAAACUCAACAUGAUAAGAAAGAAUAUUUUGUAAAAAGGUUCUGGGGAAUAGAACAGAUUAAACCCACAUGGCGGUCUAAAGAUAUAUAA